AUGGCAACUAUUCCAGCAGCGGCAGCAAAUAAUGGACUAACUGCAGAAAAAGCGGCGCGCAGCCCGAAGUGCGCCAGGUGUCGCAACCACGGCUUCAUCGUGCAGUUAAAAGGCCAUUCGGGAAAAUGUCAGUUCAAGCAGUGUUUGUGCUGGAAGUGCUCUCUCAUCAACGAGCGGACGAGAAUCCUCGCGUCUCAAAGACGGAUCAGAACCGAGCAGACCGCUCUAACGGUCUCCGCGGGUAACAAUACUUCAACUAACGGGGUAAACGGCGAAACCGACAUCAGCGCGAGAAAGAAGAGUACUGUUACUAAAGCGCCCGCUGACGACACAGCCUACCUCGAGCUCCGCGCGCCUGUAAGCACGUGCGGUCCCGUUAGCGCGGUUAACCGCGACCCGAAGACACCGGCGGGACCGAAUUGCGCCGUUGGAGAUGCACCACCUUUUCCUGGAGAGUACCUAAUUAAAGAGGCAGUUCCAGGGCAAGUUUAUCCAGCAGAGAUGUUGGCAAUGCCUCUUCCCCUGUACCAGCAUUAUCUGGACAGAUACAUGUUCCCGGCCGUGCUGGUGACCCUGAGACCACCUGCACCAGGAGCCUUCAGGGAACAUGUUGGAUUUGUUCCCUUGCCAGCAGGGGCGCUGUCCCAUCCGCUGGAGACUCCUGAAUGGCAAAUCCAUGUUCCGCAUUAUAGUCCGUACCCCACAUAUCCAGGGCUGAGAGAUGAACCUUCCCAGCGUUCACAGAGUCACAUGGAGGGAGAGCAAGAAAGAUCUGAGCUUCCUCCUCAAGUCGCAAGAAUCCCAGAAAGUCAAGUUUGUGGUAUCCAGCGAACAGAUGCUGUAACUGCUGACAGUCUUUCCUCGAGGAACGCAGAUGAGACCAGAUGAGACCUUCGGUUUUCAUGACGACUGAUCUCACAUCUUUUGUACAUAACAAAACAGGAGUUUUCCUUAUUCUUUUUCAAUUUCCGAUAGCAUCUACAAUGCAUGUUCGUUACUGUGACAAUGUUCGUGAUGACACAGCUGAAAUCAAUGCUGUCUUUGUUCCAGUUAAAGGCAACAGUUUUUAAUGUCUUUUUACACUACAAUUAGUUUAUUACUGAAUCGAUUAUGGUAUCAGUCUUCGUUUGUUGUUGCAUUUGACAGGUUAGAAAGUUGAAUGCCUGUUGUUUGUACUGUUUUCGGGGCAGUAGUGAAAUUCAAGUUGUUAUUUUCCAAAAUCUGGAUAAGUGUUUUAUGAAUAAACGGUUCAAUUCUAAAGAUUUCGUCUUUUUGAUUUUGUGAAGCUUAACUGAAGCAGCUCUCGACUCUUAAAUCAGUAUUUUCUAUUAUUAUUUUCCCCUGUGUAACUCAGACCUGGUGUGAUCCUGUUUGUAAAGAGACAUUAAGAUUCCCAGGAUGAACAUCUCACUUCAUUUGCUUAUCUGAACCCAGACAGCGCAGGAACGACACUGUCAGAAUACUACAACCAGGACCAGUGGGCAGAUAAACUAAUUACAAUCUCAUGAAUAUUAAUGUGCUCCUCUGGCUCAGAGCAGCGCUGAAUGUAAAACUCCGAUCCGAUGUGUGCCGAACUCAAAUGUGUGUUCAAAAUGUAAGCCGAUAAAGUAGUAUGUUUAUUCCCAUAGCAAAUACAAACAUUACUGUGAAAAGAGAUUUGAUUUGCCGACUGAUUUAGUACAAGACUAUGUGCUUUCUGAACCCAAACAAGUAUGGGAAAACUAGCUUUACAGUCUGUCUCUACAU